GUGCUUUCAUUGAUAAUAGGGGCCUCUUUAUAUAGAGGAUUACAAGCAUAGAAUUAGAGUUGUACAUGGAAAGCUAAUCGUACAAUGAUUGGAUAUCUACGAAUAUCUCCGAGAAUAUCUCUAACAUAAACCCUGUUACAACUCGUACAAUGAUUGGAUAUCUAUAAAUAUUACAUGUGUUUGGGCCAGACACAUAUUCUGGAUUUACUUGAACAUUCCCCCUUGUGUCGCCCAAACGUGGUGCUCCUCUCGUUGUCUCGUCAAAAACCUUGCUGAGUAACAAAAACUCAGUGGGACAAAAAUAACCUCGGUCGAAGGAGAAAAAGAGUACAACACACCCUUCACAUUUCAAGACCAUACAUGUAGACAUCUCCCCCUGAUGUCUGCAUCUCUUCCUGAUGACUACGGUCAUGGGAGUUCGGAUAACUUCCGUAAAUGAUGCUACCAACCAGUGUUCUAAAAAACGCUCUAGGCGGCCGCCUAGGCCCUAGAAGGUGAGUGGCCGCCGCGAUUAAAGGGUAAUUGAGUAUUUAACAGUAGUUACUAAAGUGAAAAACAAAUCUAAACUUGAGUGACUAAAGUGAUUUUUUUAAAAAAUUGAGUGACCAAAGUGUCAAUUGAGUCAUAGUUGAAUGAUCAAAGUGAUAAUUUUUCUUUAAAUUAAUUACAUAUUAAUUGACUUGAGAAUUAGCUUAUUUAUAGUGUUUAGAAUGCAACUACGCGCACAGAAAUGCGUGUAAUUAAUUGUUGCAUUUUUAAUUAAGCGAGAAAUUUAUAUUUUAAUUUUUAUGACAACUUUGAGUUAUCGCCGAUAUCAUUUAAGACCAUGAACUAAUUUUUGAUACAUAGUAGACCAUAGCUAGUUAGAGAUGGCAAAUUGGCAUCUGGGGGCUAAGAAGAGGAUACUGUCCUAGCAUUGGAGGUGGCUUUUACAACCCUAUUUAGAUUUUUAAGCGCGUCAUGAUCACUACUAAUUACCAGGAACAAACUUUGGAAAAGUCUCCUAGCCUAUUCAUCCUCUUUUGCUUGCUUUGGGGCCUAUGGGGUUCCUUGUGCAUAGCUAAUUGCCUAACUCAUCAUUCUUUUUUUUUUUCUGCAUGGUGUUUUCAUCCAUAGGCGAACCCAUCCAUUUAGGGUCCAGCACAAAGCUAUAAUGUACAUGAAUUAAUUUUUAGGUACAUAGUGGACCACAGCCCUAGCCUGUUUAGAUAGUCGUGAACACAAAGUCACAACUACUACCAUUGUACCAAAAAAAAAAAAAAGUCAACUACCACCCAACCUAGAAAAUUUUUCGGAUCGAGUUUUAGUUCCACCCAAGUAGGAACUGAGAAAACAACGAAGAAAAUUAACUAAGCCAUCCAUGGAAACCAGCUAUACAUUAUUGCUCAUUGAUUUUUUUCAGUGGUCCAUGAUCACUAAUUUUUCAGAUUACAUGAUCACUAAACGAUUACCAUACCAGAUUUAUGCGUAUAUAAAUUGGAUCACUGUACGGCCGUUUGAUAGGACUACACAGAUACAACUUUCAUUAGAAGAUCGAUAUAGCUUCACCAAAAUGACGCUUGAAGUGGAAGUAAUCUCCAAGGAGAUUAUCAAACCAUCUUCUCCGACCCCUGACCAUCUUCGUUAUUACCGGUUCUCCUCUGUGGAUCAAACAUUAAUUCCCCCAAUCUAUAUCUCUACGGUUCACUUUUUUGAAUUCAACAGCGAGACGCAACCCAACAUCACUGAAAUAUCCAACCACCUUAAGACGUCGUUAGCCGAGGUCUUAACCCUCUAUUAUCCCCUAGCAGGACGAGCCCAUGACAACCUGCAUAUAGAUUGCAACGACGAAGGUGUUCCCUUCCUUGUAGCUCACGUCAACAACUGCAAACUCUCCGAUGUGCUUUGCAAUCCUAUCCCCGACGAACUCACUAAGUUGGUCGUAUUUGAACUUGACGACGUUGAUAAUAAAAUUCCCCUUGGUGUCCAGCUCAAUGUCUUUGAAUGUGGAGGGUUUGCUAUUGGUCAAUGCAUUUCUCACAAGAUUGCAGAUGGGCUAUCCAUGCUCAUGUUCAGUAGAGCUUGGGCUGCCACUGCCCGACGAGCCCUCGGAGAUCACCAAGCCGAAAUACAGCAUCCGGAAUUCAUUUCCGCCACACUCUUCCCACCUAAGUUGUUUGUACAGCAGCCACCCUUUGGGGUCGCGAAGAAUAAAUUUGUGACAAAGAGGUUUGUGUUUGAUGCCUCUAACAUAGAGUACCUAAGAGCAAAAUAUGUGGGCACUACGAUGAAGCGCCCAUCACGUGUUGAAACCUUAUCGGCUUUCAUUUGGAGCCGAUUUGUGCCCAUUUUCAAGGAUGAUGGCAUUCAUGACCAUCAGAAGUUUCACAGCGUCUUCCAUGCUGUGAAUUUGCGUCCCCGGUUUGAUCCACCUCUGCCGCCACACUCAGUUGGAAAUCUUAUCAGUGUUGCAUGUUCUACUCCUUCGUUGUUAAAUACUGGAGAAGAAUGCUAUGGCCUCGCAAGGCAGAUUCGAGAAUCAAUAAGCAAGAUCGAUAAGGACUAUAUCAAAAGGCUACAACAGGGUGCCAAUGGUAACGUGGGUGCCGAUGGUAACAUGAUCCUUAGCUAUGGAGAAGAGAAGGUUACAUUUAUGUUCACUAGUUUGUGCAAAUAUCCUUUGUAUGAUAGCGACUUUGGUUGGGGAAUACCAUCAUGGGUGUACGUGAGGGCGCCAGCACCCUACUUCAACAACGUACUAGUAAUUUUUUCUGACACCAAAGACACCAAUGGAAUAGAGGCAUAUAUUAACUCAACCAAGGAAGUCAUGGCUAAACUGGAAAGUGACAGCGAGUUCCUCCAACGAGUGUGCCCGAGUUGGAUUGGUUCUGGUUCAAUCUUAACCAAUCAACGAACCCCAUUUGCAAAUCUCCACAGCCGAAACCGACCGAGAAUGAUCAAGAGACCAAGUGCCUAUGCCCCCCAACCCAAAGUAGUGACAUGGGCGGCAAGUUCCGCUAAAUUAGCUGUCAAGGUUUUAAAAAGGAAAUAGGUGGCAUUUCCAUUAAGUUCCUCACUCAGUGCCAUCACUGCCAUGCGCGUAUUGGUACCACAGCAAAUAAAACAACAUUAUAGAGGUUUGUGUUUGAGAUAACAAGUUGGGAAGGAAAAGUCUUGCUGAAACAAGUGUGGGAUCUUAGAUUUUGAUUGAAUAUAUGCUAGUUGUUUAUUCAUAAUUAGAAUAAUAUUUUGUGGAUUUGAUGAUAUAUUGAUGAUACAUCAUGUUGUCAGGGUAUCAUUAUAUUCAAAUGUCACUACUGUUAAAAUAAAACAAUUAAUUACAAGCUGAGCCAUUAAUUUCUACCGUCUCAGGGUGGUAGAGGACAUGCAUUAAUAUGCAUGCAACACAUAACUAAAUACUCUGGAAGAGGAGGAAAAAAAAAAAAAAAAGACAUCUAGAUCGAUAAGUUAUGAACACUAGGUUUCUCUAUCUAUUUGAGCCAAACUAUUGUCUAGCUUGUAGCGUUCGGCUUCUCACUAACAAAUCAAUUAGAAAUAUA